GUUCAAAGCGUAACGCUUUGGCAGGCAUUUUCCCUUCUGUAGCACAAGCCAUUUGGGACUGUCUGGUUGGUGAAUGCAUGCCUGUCCCCAAGGAGGAAGACUGGAGGGCCAUCGCUGCCGGGUUCCUGGAGAGGUGGAAUUUCCCCAACUGUCUUGGCUCCAUUGACGGGAAACAUGUAGUAAUCCAGGCUCCACCGUGCUCAGGUUCACAAUUCUACAACUACAAGGGUACAUAUUCAGUUGUACUCUUGGCUGUAGUAGAUGCCAUCUACUGUUUCCGUGUUGUCGAUGUUGGUGCUUACGGCAAGGGAAGAGACCCUCCGGGACUCUGCCUUCGGCCAGGCACUUCAGGAUGGCACCCUGGAGAUUCCACCACCUGCAUCACUCCCUGGAGCUGAAGACCUGGGACCUGUUCCCCACAUCUUCGUCGGCGACGAGGCCUUCACUUUAAGACCCAACCUCAUGAGGCCCUACGCUGGACGCCAGCUGCCAUUGUCAAAGCCUGUAAGGAUCUUUAACAAACAAUUGUCCAGGGCAAGGUUAGUUGUUGAAUGCGCCUUUGGGAUUAUGGCAGCCCGGUGGAGAAUGUAUUGGAGAGUGCUUGGUCUCAGCCCCUCAAAUGUCGAUGCCUGCGUGAAGGCCACAUGUGUUCUCUAUAACUACCUGCAGAGGUCAUUCCAGGAGCCGCUCCGGAUGGAGAUGGGCACGCCAAAUGGUCACCUACCUGAUGUCACCAGGGCAGGUGCCAACAACGCCCCCAGACAGGCACUCCAGUCGUCUGUCUGCGGUAAGAUCAUGGAGCUGCUUGGCCAGAACAAGAUUGACCAUCACCAGCGCCAGGUGGCCAUUCUCAGCCAAGACAGCUUCUACAGGGUCCUCACACCGGACCAGAAGGCCAAGGCACUGAAGGGACAGUUCAACUUCGACCACCCAGAUGCAUUUGACAAUGAGCUCAUCGUCAAAACGUUGUGGGACAUUUUGGAGGGCCAAACAGUGCAGAUCCCAGUGUAUGACUUUGUCACCCAUUCCAGGAAGGAAGAGGCGGUGACGGUGUACCCAGCAGAUGUGGUGCUGUUCGAGGGCAUCCUGAUGUUCUACUCCCAGGAGAUCCGGGACCUGUUCCAGAUGAAGCUGUUUGUGGACACAGACGCAGACACACGGCUCUCACGCAGGGUGCUCCGAGACAUCAGCGAGCGAGGAAGGGACCUGGAGCAGGUGCUAACGCAAUACAUAACCUUUGUUAAGCCAGCCUUUGAAGAGUUCUGUCUGCCAACCAAGAAGUGUGCUGACGUGAUCAUUCCCAGAGGAGCAGAUAAUCUUGUUGCUAUAAACCUUAUAGUUCAGCACAUCCAGGACAUUCUGAACGGUGGUCUGACCAAACGCCUGAACGGCAGCCUUAACGGUUACGGAACUCCCCGGAAACGGCAGGUGUCAGAGUCCAGCAGUCGGCCCCACUAACCGCACCGGCCCUCUCUGAACACCAGGGAGCUAGGGAUCGAUGGAGGAGGGCUCCUCUGUACAUACCUACCACCUGUCUGCUACACUGUAUUAAACAAACAAAAAAACUUUCUCUAGCAAGAAUAUGCAAGGCCUUCAUUUGCUGAUUUUUUUUUUGACUGGAUGAUGAAAUGUUUUGUAAGGGAGGAAGGAACUGUUUCAGUUCAAAGGUGAAGCAGUUAUUUUAUUUAUGUAUUUUUAUUCGAUAUUCUGGCCCCGUUUUGAGCUUGCAGAUGUUAAUAAAUGAGGAUGAAGUUGGGUUGAGCUUGAGCCCUGGCUCUGCGUUCAGUGGUCAGUGCAUUUUGAUUGGUCAUGUUGUCUGUCUUUCUGUACUGUUGGUUUGGAAUGGAAGGAAGGACGUGUGACACAUUUGAUUUGUUACUGAGGGAACUCCGAGACAAACACACACUACACGAUCUUGGAAACUAUCCAAGAACUGAGACGCAAAACUGGAUGCAAUUCGCCUCUGUAGAUUCCAAAUGAGCAAUUAUUUGAUUAACUGACGUACAUGUACCUUAGAGCACUAAUCAUGUCUGACAUGGUAUAGGAUACCACUUCUCACAUUCCUAUACUCUGCUACCACCCUUUAUCCUUUGCCUCAGUGUUACAAGCCUACUCUUGAGCUAGUGACAGGGAAAAUUCUCAGGCCCUACACAGAUUAUCUGCCUUUGCUCACCGAUUCAAUGGGUCAAAGCAACUUAAUGUUUUCUACAUCUGGGGAAAAAAACGGAACUACUUGACUUCACAAAUCAAAGCAGUGUUCUUAGUUUGUGCAUAGUGUAGUAUUAUUUACCCUCUUGAUGUUGCUCUUUUUCAAUCAUUUUUCAGUGUUCACGGUAUUUGCUUGUUACCAUGCAUUUUGGAACAAACAUCCUAAAUUUGAGAAUGUAACUGAGAUUGAUUUGUCUUUUUCAAUCUUUACCUCGACCGGUUUUGUGUAUGGUGGCUGACAACCCCACCAAAUAAAUAAACUGCCUGAAACCCUUACAUGGUAGUUUGUAAUGCCCACAUGUCAAUUGAAUUCUUUCGGGGUUCCAACUUGUAACUUUUUAGUUUUUUGAAGCUCAUGCUCUUGAAGGAUGAGAUCACUAGAACUGCCACUGUGAACAUCAGUGAAGUACAUAUUCUUUACAUAAUGUUCUUUCAUUGCAAGGGUUAAUUUGAUAGCGGUGUUUUAAGCCUACAAAUAUUGUAGGUUGUCUUGAACUGCAGGAUCAUUUGAGGUAAAUUUGCUCGAAAAAAGAUGGAGAUUGUCCACGUUAGUAACAAUUGAUUCAACAAGCAUUAUAAUUAAUUAACAGUGUAUUUCAUCAAUGUACAACUGUGCUUUGUUUUUUUCCUAUUAUUUUGUACAAUUUUGCAUCACCAAAACAUUUUCCUUUAGGUGGAGGCUCUCGGGUCAUUAAUAUACUUUAAUUCCACGUCAAAUUGCCCACCAUAUAUUGUUUAAUUUAUCAGUGAUGUAUUCAAAUCAAUCAAAAUAUACUGCAAUAUUCCCAGACUGAUAUAAAACGUGAGAUUAUGGUCUUGUUAACAUUCACUGACUGAAUUGUGCUAGUAGUGUUAUACUAAAGAUUGUACUGUAUUGAAAGGGGUAGUCUACGAUUACAAUAGAUUGUUUUGCUUUCAGAAAUAUAGAUAUUUUAAAAAAAGUCCUGACUGCUGUGAUGUUUCCUACCUCAAAAUAUUUGAUACCUGUAUGCAAAGUGUAUACCGUGUUUUUUUUUUUCACAUGUCCAGGGCCAGUGAUGGGCAUGUCGCAAUGUUGUUGUCCAUCAGUGCAUCAUCAAUACUUUUAUUAUUAGCUUCAAAUUGAUUGAUCAUUGAAAUGAGAAAUGGUUUCUAAAGUACUGAGUUCACUCCAUGAUUUAGCUAUCUAAUUUGUGAGAUGUAGAACUAGAGAAAGUGAACUUAUUGAUUCACACAGCACAGGAACUUGAGAUUUUGCCUUUGAAGAAAAAGAGAAGACUAUGAAUAUAACCUUAAACACUAGUAAUACGAUGCCUCACUUAAGUGUGGAGGAAAUGGCCUAACUUUAAUUUGAUGUACAUUACAUUACCUUUCAUUUCAAAGGCCUUCAAAAAGUCAGUCAAGUAGUAUCUAUCAUAGGCAGCCAUCUUGCAGACGUUCAGUAACAAAUUAAUUUCCUUGCUCAAAUAUAUUAUGGUCCGAAAGGCUGUGGAUGUAGAUUGUAUUUAUGUCAAUCAUUCAAAUGUUGGUUUGUGUAUUAUUGCAUACAUUUAGCUUCAAUGCUGGUGAUGAAAUCUGCUGUAAAUGUCUGCUCAUUUAACUCAAUGACAUGAUACCAUAUGUGCUACUUGCUUGCAAGAGCUAGUUAGCUAUUGUACUGUAUUUGUUCCAUGAUCAGGGUGUAACAGUGAAUCAAUGAGACAGUAAUGUCACCUGCCCCAGUGUGAACACUAACUGUAUGUAUGUUAGAAUCAAACACAUUGAAAAUAGUAAUGUGCUAUACAGCAGUGGUGGAAAAAGUACCCCAUCCCUUCUGCCUCUGAUCUGGUGCACACUACUGACACUCAGACAUAAUUUACAAAAGAUGCAUUCGUGUUUAGUGAGUCCCCCAGAUCAGAGGCAGAUCUUGAUAACUGUGUGAAUUGGACAAUUUUUCUGUCCUGCUAAGCAUUUAAAAUGUAAUGAGUACUUCUGGGUGUUAGGUAUGGUAUGGAGUAAAAGGUACAUUAUUUUCUUGAGGAAUGUAGUGAAGUAAAAGUUGUCAAAAAUAUAAAUAGUAAAGUACAGAUACCUCAAAAAACGACUUAAGUAAAUCUUUAAAGUAUUUUUACUUAAGUACUUUACACCACUGCUAUACAGUAUGUGAAGAAUGAGGCCUUUGACACAUAGCUCAGGCAUUGUUGUACAUGGCUCUAGCAUGGAAGAGACCUGUGAUGAGAGGAAUAAAUAGUAUGACUAUAACCAAAACUGUUACCAGACCAACAAGUAAAACAGAAAAACAGGUUACCUAUCAAGUUGGGAUGACCAUGACUUAACUGGUUUACCUGAAAGUUGGAAUUAUUCAACAGUAAAAAGUAGAGAUAGAUUUUCUGAUUGACACACCUGGAUAUGACUACAUGAAUACAAGAGCAUUCAUAACUGUAUUAUAAUGUAUUAACAAACAGGUUGUGUAUCAAGAAACCUGCAAUCAAAUAAUGAAAUAAAGUUUUUGUACUAUG